UAUAUACCUGGUUACUACGAGCUGAUCUUCUUUUUUCCUUCCUCUUUCUUCUCCGCCCUCUCUGGUUCUUCUUCUCCCACAUUCAUUCUUUGCCAUCUUUCCGAUCACGAACUCUCCUUCUUCCUUCCUCUUCCUCUCCUCUCUCUCAUUUUCUCUCUAUUCUUCCCUCUUUUUCUUUCUCUCUCUCCUUCCCUCUCUUUCUUUCUCUCUCUCUCUCUCUCUAUCUAUGUAGGGGGCGUCGGUGGAGAUCGUCGCCCCUUGCUCACUCUGGUUCGUCGGCAUUAGGGAAGAUAUAAAUUUUGGGUGUUUUCGGUUGAUUUGUUCGUUUACUUGUGAAGAGAGGGGAGGUGGAUAUGUCGCAUUCCGGCGACUGGAAACAGCAAUGGCCGCCGGUGAACCAGAGGAGGGCGGGGACGUCACUACCGCCGAAGGAGCUGUCCCUCGAUGCCCUAGCGGACCACCUCCACGAUGCGCUCGCCGACAAGCCGGAUACCGUCGGCCGGAGCCUUGGUUCACCUAUCUCCCCGCUCCGUACGCAGACCCACCCCGGCGGCGGGGCCGCCACCAGCUCCUCCAGCUCCUCUGGUGCUCCCCCGCGCACUAGACGGCCUGGGAACAACAAUUCGGGUGAGCUGUCGGCCGGGAGUAGCGGUAGCUCCGGAGGAGGGGGUGGUAGUAGCAGCCCCACAGCCGAGAGCUUCCGCACCAGUAGAUCUGUUCGGACGGGAAACAUCCUCGGCGCUGCUCCGCCACCUAUGACGGCAGACCAGCCGCCGGAGGCAGCUGGAGUGAGGAAGGCGGUUGGUCCGGCUGCAACAGGUUUGCUCAUCCAGGCAGGGAAUUCCGUCAAGAGCGGCUCUCCAGUGGCAUCGGGGAAGUCAGCAGCCGUCGGUGGACGGAGCUCGGGGCGGAGUGACGUGCUUGGCUUGGGGACGGGGACUUAUGGGCAUGGGAGCGUAAUGCGGGGAAGUGGGAGGCCCGUCGACUCUCCGGUCGCCGGAGCAGCAGGGAAUAUCCGGCUUGCCGGGGAAUCGGUGCUGGUGAGGCGAGCAAUUGAGAGUGGGGACCCAGAGGAGGUGAAGAAGGCGGGGAACGAGCAGUACAAGAAGGGGCAUUUCGCGGAGGCUCUGCUUCUUUAUGACAGGGCGAUAGAGAUUUCGCCGGAAAAUCCCGCUUGCCGGAGCAACCGUGCGGCGGCACUCACUGCGUUGGGGAGGCUCACGGAGGCUGUGCGGGAGUGCGAGGAGGCGGUCCGGCUUGAUCCUAAUUACGUCAGAGCACACCAGAGGCUCGCCGGCCUCUAUCUCAGAUUAGGACAAGUUCACAAUGCAAGAAGGCAUCUUUACAGUGAUGGGAAUCAAGCAGAUCCAGAGGUGCAGAAGCUGAAGAGCAUAGAAGGGCAUUUAAAAAGGUGUGCUGAUGCUAGAAAAGUUAAAGAUUGGAAGAGUGUUCUCCAAGAAGGUGAUGCAGCCAUAGCUGUUGGAGCAGAGUCUUGUCCUCAUCUAUUUGCAUCCAGAGCUGAGGCUCUGCUCAAACUUCAUCGACUGGGAGAAGCAGAUUCAGCUGUAUCCAACAUAUCUAAGUUGGAUCCAUCCCCACCAUCAUGCUUGCAGACCAAGUUCUUUGACAUGAUUGGAGAUUCAUACUUAUUUUUUGUCCGUGCGCAGGUUGCAAUGUCUUUAGGAAGGUUUGACAAUGCACUUUCAGCUGCUGAGAGAGCUGGGCAGUUGGAUCCACAAAGCCAUGAAAUUUCUUCCUCAUUGGCCAAGGUCAGGGGUGUGGCUAGGUCUCGAGCAAGAGGAAAUGAUCUCUUCAAUGCUGGAAAGUUUGCAGAGGCAUGUGCUGCUUAUGGAGAAGGUUUGGAGUAUGAUCCCUCCAAUGCUGUCUUAUAUUGCAACAGGGCUGCAUGCAGAUCAAAGCUUGGGCAGUGGGAACGUGCAGUUGAUGACUGUAAUAAAGCUUUGACAUUUCAGCCCAAUUAUACAAAAGCUCUUCUUCGUCGAGCUGCUUCUAACCGCCAAUUGGAAAGAUGGUCGGAAGCAGUUCGUGACUAUGAGGUGCUGAGGCGAGAAUUGCCGGAGGAUAGUGAGGUUGCAGAGGGACUGUUUUAUGCCCAAGUUGCUCUGAAAAAGUCGAGGGGUGAGGAAGUGCAGAACAUGAAGUUUGGUGGUGAAGUAGAAGAAAUUUCUGACACUGACCAAUUCAGAGCAGCAAUUUCUUCACCAGGAGUUUCAGUGGUGCAUUUUAAGGGACGAUCAAAUGAACAAUGUAAGCUGAUAUCUCCAUUUGUUGAUACUCUGUGUGCUCGAUUUCCAUCUGUGAACUUCCUCAUGGUGGAUGUAGAUGAGAGUCCUGCCGUGGCAAGAUCAGAAAAUGUGAGGGUCAUUCCGACUUUCAAGAUAUACAAGAAUGGCAGCAGAGUGAAGGAGAUGAUCUGCCCAAGCCAGCAUAUAUUGGAGUACUCGGUCCGGCAUUACAGUCUCUAGGGAGUUGGGACGCCCAUUCUUCCUCCCCCCCCGUCCUCUGCCAAAGAUUCUUACAUUUACAUCCUGUCACAGGCCAAGCCAGACGGUCAAUAAUUCUUUAGAUUCGAGGGGCAGAACCGACAGAGCCUUUUUUACAUCUCAGCCUUACCAUUCUUUUCAUUGUAUCUGCCUCCAUUUUUUCACCGCCAGGUCCUUUUUUAUCAUUUAUCUUCUAUAAUCCAGACAGCCGAUUCUUAUCCCACCUCUUGUUGGGAUGUUUGAGAGUGUACCAUUAAGUUGGCUGUAUAAUUGGAGGGGUGGGAGCGAGAGAGAGAGAGGGGGAGAGAGAGAGAGAUUGGUCGGUGGAGAAAUGUGGACAUGUAUAUAUGGAUAUAAAUAUUGUAAGCCAUCAUACUGAAUCUCUGGUAUGCAAAGUUUUGUUGUCUGGCGAGUA